GGAAACCAGUCCAGCGACCUGUUCUCCAACUCAUCAUGUAACAGCUCCACCAACGACUCGACAUCCUGUUCGGCAGUGGACGAUGGAACCGGAGCAGGAAGCCCUUAUAAGGCUCUGGAGAUGUUUUUUAUCGCCUUGGUAACGGGAUCGCUGAGCUUCGUGACUGUGACAGGGAACAUUUUAGUGAUGCUGUCGAUCAAAGUGAAUCGCCACCUUCAGACUGUCAAUAACUACUUUUUAUUCUCGUUAGCAUGCGCUGAUCUGAUCAUCGGCGUCUUCAGCAUGAACCUGUACACUGUCUACAUCAUCGUGGGGUACUGGCCGCUCGGCCCUGUGGUCUGUGACCUUUGGUUGGCGUUAGACUAUGUGGUCUCAAACGCCUCGGUGAUGAAUUUACUUAUCAUUAGCUUCGAUCGGUACUUCUGCGUCACCAAACCGCUGACGUACCCGACGAGGAGGACAACGAAAAUGGCGGGAUUGAUGAUCGCAGCAGCGUGGAUCCUUUCCUUCAUCCUGUGGGCGCCCGCCAUCUUAUUCUGGCAGUUCAUCGUAGGGGAGAGAACAGUGCCGCCUGGAGAGUGUUAUAUUCAGUUCCUCUCCAACCCCGCAGUGACAUUCGGGACGGCCAUCGCGGCGUUCUACCUCCCCGUCAUCAUCAUGACUGUCCUGUACAUCCACAUCUCCCUGGCCUCCAGGAGCCGAGUCUCCAAACACAAACCGGAGAAGAAGGAGAAGAAGGGCAUCAAGACUCCCAGUUUAAUGAAGAGCCACCUCUUGAAGCAGAACAACAACAACGAGACCAGCCCUCAAGCCAGUCCUCGCUCCACCCCCAAACUCAGCCUGGACUCUACCACCACAGCGCUGGACGCCGUCAAGAAUGGACGAGUGGAGGAACCCAAACCGGAGCAGAACCAGGUCCAAGCUCAGCCCAGUCCUGGACUCACUCAGGAGAAGGAGAGCUCCAAUGAUUCGUCCACAGCUUUCAUCGCUCCCACAGAACCAAAGGAGAACCCCAACAAUGAGGCCAUCUCUGAGGCUGCAGUACAUCCAAACCCAGCUCCAACAUCAGCUUCCAACGCCGCUGAUGCAAAGCUCAACGCCGCCUCGAGGUGGUCCAAGAUCAAGAUCGUAACCAAGCACACGGGGGACGAGUGCAUCACGGCCAUCGAGAUCGUCCCGCCUGUAGAUGGCUCAGAGAGGCAUUCAAUCCCCAUCAGCCGCCCUCGGACUGUGGCGAGGAAGUUUGCAAGCAUCGCCAGGAGCCAAGUGAAGAGGAAAAGACAGAUGGCUGCCAGGGAGAAGAAAGUGACCAAGACUAUCUUCGCCAUCCUGCUGGCCUUCAUCAUCACCUGGACGCCGUACAAUGUCAUGGUGCUGAUCUCCACUUUCUGCCAGUCCUGCGUUCCCGACACCGUGUGGGCCAUCGGCUACUGGCUCUGCUACGUCAACUCCACCAUCAACCCGGCCUGUUAUGCACUGUGCAACGCCACGUUCAAAAAGACAUUCAAGAACCUGCUGCUGUGCCAGUAUAAGAACAUAGGAACCAGAUGA